UUCAGAAACCUUCAUAACAUUAUAUAACUAAUUAUUAAAGGAGCAGAAGAAAAUCACAUCAGAGCAAAAUGUUCCUAAUUUUUAUAGUACUUCUUUUGACUGUUUCUCAAGUCAGUGCAGAUUUUUUAAUAGUCAAUACGACUAUACUUCACAAUGCAAUUGGAAAGGGAGCCGUUUGUUUGGACGGAAGUGCUCCUGCAUACCUGAUUGAUAGGGGAAGUGGCUAUGGAGUUAAUAAUUGGCUUGUUCACAUUGAGGGAGGGGGUUGGUGUUCUACGAUCUCAGAGUGCAUCGAACGUACUGGUACCAGGUAUGGAUCAUCAAUACACAUGGAGGAUCAAUAUUAUUUUUAAGGAAUUCUAAGCAACAAGCCUAACGAAAAUCCAGACUUUUUUAACUGGAACAGAGUAAAGGUUAAGUAUUGCGAUGGGGCAUCUUUUACCGGUGACGUGCAAGAAGUUGACCCUGUUACAGGACUCCACUUUAGAGGGGCAAGAGUUUUCCUUGCUAUCAUGGAGGAUUUAUUAUACAAAGGAAUGUGGAAAGCUGAAAAUGCUAUUUUGAGUGGAACUUCAGCAGGGGGAUUAACUGCAAUACUACACUGUGACAAGUUUAGAAGUUUUUUCUCCCCGAGUGCUAGAGUAAAAUGCAUUUCUGAUGCUGGUUUCUUUGUAAAUAUAAAAACAAUCCUAGGGGAAUCACAUAUUGAGCAGCUAUAUGAAAGAGUUGUUACAUUGNAUGGAUCAAGCAAGAACCUGCCACGAUCUUGCACCAGCUCCUACUUAGAUCCAAGUUUGUGCUUCUUUCCUGAAUAUGUAGUACAAUAUAUUCGGACACCACUUUUCAUUAUUAAUUCUGCUUAUGACUCUUGGCAGAUAAACAACAGUUUGGUUCCUUAUAAUGAGUGGACAUAUUGCAAGAAAGACAUAAAUGUAUGCUCACCAAGUCAAAUUCAAACUUUCCAAGAUUUCAGGGUAAUAUUUAUAAGGGCAGUUAUAAAUGGAAUAAGACCAACUUCACUAAGUGGAUAUUUUAUAACCUCAUGCCAUUCCCACAAAGGCAUUGAAACACCCAGCUAUUGGUUCUAUCCCAACUCCCCUACAUUGGCUAAUAAGGCUAUUGCUCAAGCAGUUGGUGAGUGGUUCUUUGUUGAGAGUAUUAGAUUCCAAGAAAUAUCUUGUCCUUAUCCUUGUGGAAGAUUUUGCCAAAGCUAGGAAGUUGGAGAGGAUGUUCAUAUUCUACGAGUAUUUCUGUUGGUUUCUUUAAUUUUACGGUAUUUUUAAUGACUAAUCCAUAUGUAUAGUAUGGUUUCAUUUUGCAAAACGUUUUGGCGCACCUACAUAAAGAAAACCGAGAGAUCCUUCACGUGAGCAGUAAUAUUGCAACAACAAGAGCAAGACAAAUUGGAUAACCUAGAUCAAGACAAAUUGAAGAACCUAGAUCUAGCCAUUAAACUAGUUUAGUUUUUCUUGAUCUUGUAACAGGCGAUUUGAGUUGUAAUCUUACAUAUUUUGUUCUAAAACUAUUUUGUGAGAAAUAUUUGUAUAAGGGUGAACUUAGGGCCAACACACACCCCGAGUUCUCAGUGAAUAAAACGAAGUAUGAAUGUAUGAGAUAAAGACUAAAUCUAAGAACCCUUUGGUUCGAAGUUGGAACGGGGUGCUCGCUACUGGGCCUAAUAAGACAACACCCCCUGAACCCGGAACGAACUCCAAGACCUUGGAAAGCAUUACAAACGGCUGCACACGACUAACAGAGGGCCGUGAUAUCCGCACCCAACCGAAUAUCACGAUGCGGAUCUCGCCCGAUGCCGGUAGUCUGUGGUUGAUAUACAAUGAGAAUCUUUACCUUUUUUAGAAUUGUACUAGGGGUAAAACUCCCCUAGUAUAUAAAGGAAAAGUUUCUUGUUCAAUAAAUAUAUUGUAACAUGCAUAUCAAGACAAUACAAAUUUAUUUCUCUGCUAUUGAAAGGUUGUCAUUUUAAUCAUAGUUUUUCA